AUGAGGGAAGAGCGGGGCACCAGAGGCCAUAAACGGCGGGAAGACCAGAGAGAGACACCGCCGCUUCCCAGGCGCCGCAAGGACAUCGGCGGAAAGGGGGAGUGUGAAUGGCUCAGGGAGAGAGAUAGCCAGCGUAUGUGGGAACAAAGCGUGAAGAUGGAAGCCAAGUUCCCUGAGGAAGAAUCUUCAUCAGAGAAAAGUCAGAGAGCCCAGGAGCAUGCCCAAGAUGCCUUGUCAAGUGCAGAAGAUGUAGAGGAGAUGAUUGGGGAAUUCCAGGGGUUCCCAUUGGAAAAGGCCAAAAUGGAAGAUGCUGGUCACCUCAGAGAUGGACCACAGAGGCAGGAGGAAAGCCACACAGGGUGUGACCAGAAAGAGAAGGCGGAUGAGGAACUACAUCCUCUACCACCAGAUGAAGUCGAGAAUGAAGACUUGAGGGGACUCUUCAGAAAUCUAGGUGGACUGAAUUGGCAGAAAAGAAACCACACAGUCAAGAAGAGGGGUAAACCCAUUCUUUGCCAAAGGGGGGAUUUCCAUGAAGUAAUUCACGUGAAGAAGGAAACGUACAAGUGCUUGGUGUGUGGAGCGGACUUUUCAGAUCAAUCCCAAUAUACUGUUCACUUACAAAUGCACAAUGGAAAGAAGACCCAUCAGCAUCUGGAGUGUGGAAAGACCAUGAUUCACAGAGCAGAGCUCCUUAGACAUCAAAGAAGACAUUCAGGAGAGAAACCUUAUCACUCCUCAGUCUGUGGCAAGAGAUUCUCCAAGAAAUCAGAUCUUGUUCAGCACCAAAGGAAUCACUCAGGAGAGAAGCUAUACAUAUCCUCAGAGAGUGAAAUGUUGUUCUCUGAUGGAGGAAAAGAUAAUAUACAUUUUCCAAACCACGGUAUAAUGAAUGCGUGUAAAUGCUUUUGGUGCGGAAUGUACUUCAGAGGCAGAGCACAGCUUCUUCGGCACCAAAGAAUCCAUAGAGGGGUGAAGCCUUUUGAAUGCUUAGAGUGUGGAAAGAAAUUCAGUAAAAGCAGUAAUCUUCACCACCAUCAAAUAACCCACACAGGGGAGAAACCUUUCGAAUGCCCAGAGUGUGGGAAGAAAUUUAGUAGGAGUGCUGAUCUUCAGCUUCAUCAAAGAACCCACACAGGGGAGAAACCUUUUGGAUGCUUAGACUGUGGGAAGAAAUUCAGUCAGAGUAGUACCCUUCAAAAUCAUCUAAGAACCCACACUGGGGAGAAGCCUUUUGAAUGUUCAGAGUGUGGGAAAAGGUUCAGUAGGAGUGGCCAUCUUCAGCUGCACCAAAGAACCCACACAGGGGAGAAACCUUUUCAGUGCUCACAGUGUGGGAAGAGAUUCAGUCAAAAUGGCAAUCUUCAAAUUCAUCUGAGAAACCACACAGGGGAGAAGCCUUUUGAAUGCUCGGAAUGUGGGAAGAGAUUCAGUGACAGAAACAUUCUUCAAAAUCAUCUAAAAACCCACACAGGAGAGAAGCCUUUUGAAUGCUCAGAGUGUGGGAAAAGAUUCAGUGACAGAAGUGUUCAUCAAAUUCACCUAAGAACCCACACAGGAGAGAAGCCUUUUGAAUGUUCAGCGUGUGGAAGGAGAUUCAGUACAAGUGGUAGUCUUCAGCGGCAUCUAAGAACCCACACAGGGGAGAAGCCUUUUGAAUGCUCAGAGUGUGGGAAGAAAUUCAGUAGGAGUAGCCAUCUUCAAAGGCAUCAGAGAACCCACACAGGGGAGAAACCAUUUGAAUGUUCAGAGUGUAGGAAGAGAUUCAGUCAGAGUAACUGUCUUCAGCUACAUCAAAGAACCCACACAGGGGAGAAGCCAUUUGAAUGCUCAAAGUGUGGAAGGAAAUUCAGGUUGAGUGGCCAUCUUCAAAGGCAUCUAAGAACUCACACAGGGAGAAGCCAUGUAACUGCUUAGCCCAGAGGUGGUGAAGUCAUUUGUUACGAGGGCUGGAUCGGACA